AUGGCGGGGGCUGGGGUGCUAUCACUCGUCACCGCCCCCACCAUUGCCAACAUCAGGCUCCACCACAUGCUGAUUGACGGAGUCGCCGGCCUCAGUGUCAUCAGCUAUGCAGCGUUCAAACAGCCGCAGAUUUCAGAGUCCAAGUUGGCCCCAUCUCGCCCAUUCUUCGGAGUGGGCCCUCAUCCCGUCUACCCGGUGGGGACCAUCUCCCUGCCGGUCACGUUCGGGACGGAGGUGAACUUCCGCACAGAGAACGUACAGUUCGAAGUUGCGGAGGUGAACCUCCCUUUCAACGCCAUCAUUGGCAGACCGGCUCUGUACCGGUUUAUGGUCGUUGCCCAUUAUGGGUACUUAGUCCUCAAGAUGCCGUCCCCUACUGGCGUCCUCACCGUGUAA